AUGAUGCGUGUGCUAUUAGUGGCAAUUUCACUAUUAUUCAUUGAAAAUAUUGGAGAGCCAAUAGGUGAUCAUAUUGUUGCAUGUCACAAUUGUCCAGGUAAUAGUCCAAAUUGUGAAGAUACAUGCGAAGGACGUUACUGUUACAAAGCAGAAUUCAUCGCUAAUGGAUAUACGACAGUGAAACGUGGUUGUCUGAAUGAAACAGAUGGUGGUUUUCAAGUUGGUUUAUGUGAAGAAACACCCUCUAAUUUACCGGGAUCUGAUCUCCAUGCUGUUGAAAGAAUGUGCGUUUGUACAACUGAUAAGUGUAACUCAGCUUCUACUCAUUUUGCUGUCAUUAAUUUAAGCGCAGUUGCACUAUUCAUAUUUUAUGUUCUAUGA